AUGCCGUUCAAGCUCGAAUCUGUAUUGGAACCCUAUUCUGGUGGUGAAAACGACUUCGCUCUUUGGCUGCAGGAGUUCGAGACGGUGGCCGAGGCUUCUAAGUGGACUAUUAAGCAAAAGUCACAAUAUAUCGUACUUUUUAUGAAGGGCUCGGCCAAAGAGAUCGCUAGGCAAGCCCUGGAGGAAGUUGAGGGCGAUCCAGCUGGUGCCUAUGCUCAUGUGGUUAGGGCCCUGGAUAGAGCGUACUCGCUCAAAACUCACGAGGCGUGGAAGCGUCUGACUCGCCGUGAGUGGCACAAGGAAGAUAGUGUUGAUGGUGUAUUAGCUGAAUUCCGCCGCUACCUUAGAGUGCUAGGGGUUACUACCACAGUGGCUGCUGAGAACAUCCUUCGUGAAAGCCUGAUUGCCACCCUGCCCGAAGACGUGCAGAAGGCCAUCCGGGUGUUCGAGGAGGAUGGGCGCCAGUUGCCUUUGGCUGAUGUUGUUGCUAAGGCUCGAGCUCAGCUGAAGACUUACUCUGGUGAGAAGAAGCUUGCUGCGGGUGCUGUCACUGGUGGUCAAUACUGUUAUAUCUGUAAGGCAACCGGCCAUAUUGCUGCAGAGUGUCGAGAGCGCGGAGCGACACGUCCUACCUCGAAGCCCAAAGGCAAGGGAAAGGGCAAAGGACCCCGAUGCUAUGCUUGUCAAAGUAUGGUCACAUUGCAAGGAUUGCAAAACAACAGAGCAAGGCCGGUGCUGCUAUUGAGAAGGAUUUUGUGCAGCAGAGCAGCCGAUGGGCGGGGUUGUUCUGCAUAUGUAAAACGCCCACACUUACUCUGUAAGUUCAACGGUCAUGAACAUGCCGUUGAUGUUGACACAGGGGCUGACUAUUCAUUAGUAUCAUCCAAGUUUGUUUCAUCUUUGGGUCUUACAGUUCAUCACGAGGUUUCCCCUGUACGGCUCAAAAUGAUGGAUGCGGUUGGUGUCCUAACGACAACAGGUCAGGUGGAUCUUCCGGUUAUGUAUCUAGCUAAAGAUGGAUGGGUUAAGGUGGUUCAUACUUGUUAUGUUGUUGAUAAAAUGGUAUUUGGGUCUCUAGUACUGGGAGCUGAUUUUGCGUCUCUCUACUGCCAGGGUAUGACCUGGGAUGAAGGUGGCCGCAUAGCGGUCACUGCUGCCGCUGCUCGUGGCAUCGACGAAGAUGUACAGGCGUACAACUUGCCAGACAUUCCAGGAGUACGCGUGCUAGAAUACCCAAAUGGCACCGUUGAGAUUAUCAGCAUCGACUUUGUACUCUCUAAACGUUCCGAUGAACCACAGUUUACUUGCCGAUGGAUAUGGCGUGGAGGUGACCCUCCUGGUACGUUCUACAAGGCUAACAGAGGUGACUACAACCCGAAACUCACCGCACAAGAGGAGCUUAACUUGCGUGCUGAGACUGAUAAGUUAAUAACUAACGGCUGGGUGAAACCUUAUGCUGGCAGGGUUCGUAAUAUUCUCCCAUGGGUACUAGUGGCUCAACCCCAUAAGCCUUCUACUCCACUCCGUAUGUGCUUAGAUUUUAGAGCUCUCAAUAAGCACCUGGUGAGUGAGCCAGUACGGGACAUCGUAAACUGUGUUGAUACCUUACAUCAGUGGCGUUCGGUUCGGCGUGGUUAUACUCUCGAUGUCAUUAAAUGCUAUUAUUGUAUACGCAUGUGUGAGAGUCUGUGGCCAUAUCUGUGUGUCAUGAUUAACGGUGAGAUCUUCACCAUGGUGGUUAUGGGAUUCGGAGUAUGUAUUGCGCCGAAGGUAGCCACGUCGGCCAUCAGAUGGUUGCUGAUGAAAGUCCCCUACCCAAUUUCAUCAUACCUCGACGAUGUGGUCAUCGAGGAGUCUGACCCUAAUGUGGUUAUCGCUGUGAAUCAAAAUGGACAGCUUCUCGAAGAUCCACCAUGUGUGACGGCUGUUCGAGACGCAUUGGGUAAUGGGCGUAUGUAUUGCAAGCCCACGAUUAUCAUUGGGGCUAAUAACAGUCGUGUGCUUGGGCUGAGUCUCCAUAACGAUGGUGGUGAGAUAUCAUGGGCUCGUAGAGAGGAUCUGUCUCUAGAGAUCAAUCUUGAUGGAGAUGAGGUGGUUACCAAAAGAGAACUGGCUGGUUGGUGUGGUAAGUUGACUGCCUUGGUCCCAGUAGCAAGCUGGUUACGACCUCAUGUAAGUAUGCUAUUACGAGUGAUCAGUGCUUUAGCUUGGGAUAAACCGGUGGAUGCGGUUUACCUGGAUCUUGCUCACUAUAUUCAACAGAAGUUCAACUCUGAAGGGGAUCCAGCUCGCGGCAUAUGGUACUGUCCCCGCCCAAGUGAUGCCAAGGCAUGGCAUAUUCAUGCUGAUGCGAGUUCAGUGGCUAUGGGAGCUACUCUUUCCUACGAGCGUGACGAUGGAAAGAUCGUGCUUGUCCGUGAUGCUGCUUGGCUACUAGAUCGGCGUGGUGUUCUGCGGCACAUUAAUGUGACUGAACUGUGUGCCGCAACCCGAGCAUUAGCUUGGGCAGCCCCGUUUAUCGCGGGAGCGGUUUAUCUACAUGUUGAUAAUGAAUGCGUUAGGAGUUGGAUAGAGCGUUAUCAAAGUGGCCAAACGGUGAAACGUGGAGGCUUAUCGACUACCAUUGUAGGCCGUCGUCUUCAAGCCAUUGUUGAUAUCACUGAGCCGUUCAAGUCCUUCACUGUAUGCCGUGUUGCAUCUGAUCAAAAUCCUAGUGAUAUCCUAAGUAGAUUAGACAGUAAAUAUACCUCUCUUAUCGACUCUAUUUGCUAUGAUAAUAAUAGCAUGGAUAUUGAGGCCGACCUGUCAUUGUGCGCUGGUGCUGCCAUCAAUGAGCCUUUGUUGAACGAUGAGAUGUUCUUGAACCUAGGUGAAGUCGUUGAAGGGCAAUAUGAUGAUGAUGAGCUGUUCAAGGCCAGGCGGGCCUUGAAACAUGGUCGGUUGUUACCUGAAGAUGUUGAGCUAGACUUACAACAAGUCUACCGAGAACUCGAGAUCGAUGAGUAUGACAUCCUACGGCGGCGGUACAUUGCUCCAUACCAGGGUAAGGAAGUAUGUGUUCCUGUUAUUCCCGAGGGUAUGAGAGUAGAGCUCAUUCAUUCAGUACAUGGAUUGUUGUGCCAUGUGGGCCAGCGGCGAACCUUUGAGGCUAUUACUAGUAUAGCGUGGUUUCCUGGUAUCAUUGACCAAACCGCCGCGUGGUUGCAGAAAUGUGAUAUCUGCAACAGGCGUACUCAGCCACUCAUCAUCAAACAUGAUAUAAGUCUAUUCAGCUCAUCUGUCCUCUCUGAAGCUGAGCCAUUCUCGGUUGUGAGUGCUGAUAUUGUUUACUUGCCCAAGGCGUACCUGAGUCAACAAUGCGCUGUCUGUCGGUUUGCCUGUCUCAUCGAGCUGGAGGGCGAGGACGCUGAUCAUAUUCGUGAUGCGUUUGAGGCAUCCUGGCGGAUUCUUGGCAAAAGACCGAAGAUUCUACUGACCGACAACCAGACCGGUUUUCUGAGUUGUGACUUACCUGGAGUGUCCCGUGUCUUUACGGCGCCUAGGUCAAGUCAGUCGAACGGUAUGGUGGAGUCUCUGCACCGCACGGUGCGUAUGUGGACAAGGUCGGUCAUGGCGGAUGACAAUGAGCUCGAUAUCGCGUCGGCGGUUGCCAAGGUCAUGAGAGCUUACAAUAACACGGUCCACAGUGUUACCCAGCGUAUUCCUGCUGAGAUGAUGAAACUCGAGUCUACCGACGUUGAAUGGCAGCGAUUGAUUGCCAAGUGCGUCGCUGAUGCUGAGAGAAAGCUCGAGUCGUGUACAUAUCAUGAAUUAUUCCCUGGCGCCAUAGUGAGGAUGCGUCAAGUGAAUAAGUAUGAUAAGAUUAUUACUAAGACUAUGGAUAUGCCAUUCAGCGAGAAGCGAUGGAGAGUCCUGGGAUUCAUCAGCAGCUCGCGUGGUUUGGUGACGACUUCUCCUAACGAUGAUUACGGCCUAUUUCGAAAGGCUAAGAUUAUUUGUGAUAAAGAAGUCAAAGUUGUCCAUGUUUCGAGACUGACUCACUGCAAGCCUGGUGAAGUUGAUGUGCAGGACCUGAGGCGAGCCAUGCGCCGCAUGACUCGUGAUAGUCCGCAGUGA